ACUAUGUCAUAUUCAGGCUCUGGUGAUGGUGUGUUUAGCUUUCUUUCAAGUGCCUCCCCAGAACCCGUACUCUGAGACCCUCCUGUUAGCUCUAAGAGCUGAAUUACAGUGGUCUUCAUCUUUGAAUCAACUUGGACAACUUCUAACAAGGAUAAUCCAUCACUUCAGUCACUGGAAUUACUGUGUCACAGGUGCAGACAGGUGACUGUGUUUAAUGGAAAUUGGACAGAAAAUUUGCCUUCUGAGAUUUAUUGACUUUGAUCAUCACGAAAAUGUUAAUCAACAUGCAAAUCAGCUCCUGCUGCCAUCGACUGUUUUGACAUCUUUGUAUAAACAUCCUAUUCCACACCCUUAUGCAAUCGGGAGUUUGAUAUGAUAUCUGGAACAGAAACAGGUGAUCAGCAGUCAGUCAGUUUGGGGAUUUGAGAAGACGGUCACCUGAAGAGUCUGCAGACCAGGUGGGAACUUACAUUCACGACUUCAUGAUUCUGUUUGGUGUUCUGGUUUCUGACUGUAGUUUAGUUUGAGUUAUAGAAAGUUUGUUUAUUAUAUUCUGUAGUGUUUGUAUUAGAAGAACAGAUUUGAUUUAAAGUAAGUGUCCUUUGUUUUCGUCAGGUGUCCAUCUUCGAAGAUAAAAAAUGUGGACCAACUCCUCAUCCAUCCACAAUUCCUCUCUUAAUUCGUCAGGCAACGAUUGCACAAUUGAUUUAGCUUUCCAAAGUUCUAUUGCAGCCUUCAGCCUUCUCAAAAUGGCCCUCAUCACCCCUCUUAGCUUCAUCAUCCUCUAUCUGGCUUACCAAAGGUGGAAGCAGCAGGGUUCCUGGACAGCUGAGAGCCACUGUGACGUCUUCACCUACCACCUGGCUGUCAUGGAGUUGUUCACCAUUUUAGGGACAACUGCGACACUUCUGGGCUAUUUCAGCAGGUUCAAAAUCAUGGUACAAGUUGGCAUGAACUUUGAUGCUGUCCCUUACAGCGGAGAAACCCUUUUUCACGACCUGACCUGUGUGGAGCGAUACCUGGCUGUUGUUCAUCCUCUUACCUACAGGGGGCUGAAGACUGCUCGUGGGGUCAGGAUCAGGAAUGUCAUUAUUGGAUGUGUUUGGUUGCUCUCUUUCGGGUGGAUGGUAAAUGUGGGUGUACUAAAUGAUCGCACAACCCUUAUCUUAAUUUUGUGCAUGAUGGUCAGCUCUUUGGUCGUCAUUUCUUUCUGCAGCUUGUCCGUUCUCUGCGCUCUGAUUCGCUCCAAGCCUGGGGAUGAAGGGCGGGGCAAAGAGAGAGUUGACAAAUCAAAGCAAAAGGCAUUUUUCACCAUUACGGUUAUUUUGGGAGUGCUUUGGUUGGGGAUCCUGGGCUUCAUUGUUGCCCUUUUCAUAAACACCUUACCUUUAUUGAACACAAAUCUUCAGUGUAUGGUGUUAGCAUUUUCUUCCCUCUUUAAUCUGCCUAAUACUUUAGUGUUACCUCUGCUGUAUCUACACAGGACGGGGAAACUGUCAUUUUGCCUUCAGACUGGCGGACGAGGUUGAGCAACAUCAACCAUCGGCUAAUGUCAAAACAGACUCUUCUAACUGUUUAAGCCUGCCUUUUCCCUCUGCUUCCUCUGUAAACUACGACUCACCUCCACCUGAACUCCUGCUUUUCAUGUUGUAUCUGAUUUUACCAGCGUUGUAUGUAUUGCUACCAAGUGUCCCCAGUAGCCAAAUGCGAAUUGAGUGAUGUUCAAAAUAAAGUCGAUGUAACACAGAGGUCAACAUGACCCUGUCCCGG